AUGGGAUUCGCAGAUAAAAUUCAAAAUAAGUUCAAUAAGAAGGACAUUGAAAACUACGACAAGCAAGGUGGUAAGAUCAUCGGUAAAGACAACCUUUCCGGUAACUUAGACAAGGACUCAAUUGCUGCAUACGCUGACCAAGCUGAUAAGAAGGGAGGUCAAGUACUUGGCCGUGAAAACUUAUCCGGUACCGAAGGUGGUAUUGGAAGCAAAUAUGCUGGAGGCAAAUCUGGCGAUGCUGCUGGCUCAUCAGGAGCCGCAGGUAGUUCAGGCCACGGUAAGGAAGCAGCAGCAGGCACAGCAGGAGCAGCCGGUGUAGGAGCAGCAGGUGCUGGUGCUUAUGGUGCUUCUCAUGGCUCCUCUGGUAAGGAUGCAUAUGGUUCUAGUGGCCAAGGCUCUUCUGGAGCUCACGGAACUUCAGGAAGUGAUGCUUACGGUUCUAGUGGCCAUGGUGCUUCAGGAAGAGAUGCCUACGGUUCCUCUGGUGCUGGUACCACCUCAGGUAGAGAUGCUCACGGUUCUUCUGGUGCUGGUACUUCUGGUACUACUUCAGGUAAAGAUGCUUACGGCUCGUCUGGUGCUGGUACUUCUGGUAAUACUUCUGGCAGAGAUGCUUACGGCUCGUCUGGCGCUGGUACUUCAGGUACUACUUCAGGUAAAGAUGCUUAUGGCUCCUCUGGUGCUGGUACUUCCGGUACUACUUCAGGUAGGGAUGCUCACGGCUCUUCUGGUAACGAUGCCUAUGGUUCUUCUAAUACUCACGGUUCUAGUGGCCACGGAUCUUCUGGUAGAGAUGCUUAUGGUUCUUCCGCUCAAGGUUCAGGAUCUGGAUCUCAUAUCAAGGAAGCUGCUGCUGGCGCUGCUGGUGCUGCCGGUCUCGGUGGUGCCGCAUAUGGUGCUUCUAAGCACGGUUCUUCUAACACCGAUACCUACGGCUCCAGUGGCCAAGGUUCUUCUGGCAGAGAUGCUUACGGUUCCUCUGGUUCUCACGGUGCAUCUGGUACCACCUCAGGUAGGGAUGCUUACGGUUCUUCUGGUGCUGGUACUUCUGGUACUACUUCCGGCAGAGAUGCUUACGGCUCGUCUGCUGCUGGUACCUCUGGUACUACUUCAGGUAGAGAUGCUUACGGAUCCUCUGGUUCCCACGGUGCAUCUGGUACAACCUCAGGUAGAGAUGCUUACGGUUCUUCUGGUGCUGGUACUUCUGGUACUACUUCCGGUAGAGACGCUUACGGUUCUUCUGGUGCUGGUACUUCUGGUACUACUUCCGGUAGAGACGCUUAUGGCACUUCAGGAACUCACAGUUCAUCCGCUAGAGAUACUUACGGAUCUUCAGGCAGCGAUGCUUAUGGAUCUAACACCCACAGCUCAGGCUCCCACGGUAAGGAAGUUGGUGCUGGUGCCGCCGGUGCUGGUCUUGGUGGUGCUGCAGGAUAUGGUGCUUCUAAGCACGGAUCUUCCAACACUGACUCCUACGGUCAAUCAGGAAGCUCUGGUUACGAUCAACAAGGUAAGAGCGCUGGAUCUGGUUCCGGAUCUGGUCUCGGUGGUUUCAGCACUGGUAAUGACAAGCUUGAUUCCAAGAUUGCUUCUUUAGAUGAACCAGUUCAAGAACAAGCUAAGGAAGCUUUCCACAAGGGUUACAAGGAUGCUCAAAGCGCCUUCCGUGGUUAA